AUGCCCGAGGAACCCCCAGUCGACGGUGCGCUUCCCCGCGCGACGGACGCGCUCGAUCGACGCCUCGCGACGACGCGACGCCCUCCCCGCUCGCGUCCGUCUCGUCUCCCCCGUCCCGGCCCCCGUCCCCGUCGAUUCUCUCUGACCGUUCGCUUCGCCGUCGUCGCUCGCUCGUGCGCAGCCGAGGUGGAAGGCGAGGAGGCCGCCGCGCCGGAGCCGGAGCCGGUGCCCGCGUCCGAGGACGCCGGGUACGACAACCCGGAGGCCGCGGCCGCGGCGCAGGAGGCUGCGCUCGCGACGCAGAACAAGCUCGACGUCCAGGCGCUGCCGAUCCGGCAGUACCUCGAGCAGGCGGUGGUCCCGAUUUUGCUCCAAGGGAUGCAGGCGCUCGUGAAGGAGCGCCCGGGGAACCCGGUGGAGUAUCUGGCGGCGUACCUUCUGAAGAAUAACCCGCAGGGGCCGUCGAACCCGCCGCCGGAGAAGGCGCUCGCGAACCCGCCGCCGCCGGAGGCGGAGGCGUCCAAGUAG